AAGCAGUGGUACUGCAUGAACACACGUGCUGGCCUGGCCAGUCAGCCAGCUACUAUACCAACACAUCUCACACAAGAGGAGCAGGCGCGGAGACAUGUUGAGCUGCAUGCAGCUUACUAUCGUGACCACCUGCUUGAAAAUGUCAACGAAGUAGGGCAGAUGGCUACGGAUAGCAUGCCGGCCCAGGGCCCAUAUCGCAAGACAUUCCAGAAACUUUUGCAACAAUUCGUGGCAAAGAAGUUCAGAUGCGGUAGAGGCGACGACGUUGCCACUGGAGCAUACAUGCCGGUAGCGAGGUCAGCCAGACCGAGUGCGGCACCGUCGUCCAGACCGAGCGAGGCGCGUACGAGCCAUGAGCAAUGGGGGGAGGGUCCGAGUACUAGAACGACAUUGCCACGACAUGACUCAUCUCUACCACUGCAUCGCUCUUCUUCGAUGCAGCUUCGUCAGGGGCAGACAUCUCAGGACCAUGGCACGGGCUUGGAUUCGAUGCCCGAGCAGUUUCUUUCCCCUAACCCAUAUGCGUACACAGGAUAUGAUGCAUACACCCAAGGUGAGGGAUCUCAGCCGUUUCUCUCCACGCGAGGGAUCCCCAUGCCCGAGGAGACUCGUGUACCAGAUUUAAACCAGCACCAAGUACAAUGGCCAGACAGUAUAGGAGAGGGAUAUGCUCAGGACACACCUGAUGUUAAUUGGGGCGAUGAGAACACCCAACGCGGCGUCAACACAGGCCUCCGGGGAGCAUCACAUGAUCAUGGCGUCAACACAGGCCUCCGGGGAGCAUCACAUGAUCUUGGCGACACGGUUACAUCAUUAGUUACAGAGUUCUUCGGAGGGGAUGUUAUUGGCCCAUCUUUUAUCCCCCCGGAGUCACAACCAUACGCGUACAAUUACGCUUCAGGUUCGCAACAAGGAUUCGCGACUCCACCACCUACGCAGGACUCGCAGACACAUGAAGCCGAAUUGGAGUACGGCCGCGGUCUUCGUGUGACCCGGCCACCUAAUCGCUUGUCCCCUUCCGGUCGUAAGGAAAGGCCAGGUGGUCAUCGUAAAGUAGGGUGA